CGGACAGCUUAGGACCCCGUCGCGCUCGCGUCCGUCUGGUCCUUGAGCCGGCGGGGACGGCGGAGCAAUGGCCUUGAGGCUGCUGAGACUUCUCCCGGCGUCAGCGUCCGCGCGCGCGGCUGGAGCCCAGCGCGUGGGACAGAUUCAUACCAGUGUGCAAUGCCAGCUGAGGUAUGGACCUCUGGCCUUCGUUCUUGGUGAUAAGACAACCAAAAAACUGAAUGAGUACAGCCGAGUGAUAACGGUAGACGGGAACAUAUGCGCUGGGAAGAACAAGCUUGCAAAGGAGAUCGCAGAGAAGCUAGGCAUGAAGCACUUUCCAGAAGCAGGCAUCCAGUACUCAAGCAGCACCACAGGCGAUGGAAGGCCCCUCCACACGGAAUUUAGUGGCAGCUGUAGCUUAGAGAAAUUUUAUGAUAAUCCCAAAAGCAAUGAUGGCAACAGCUACCGCCUGCAGUCCUGGCUGUACGCCAGCCGCCUCCUACAGUACUCAGACGCCCUGGAACACCUGUUGAGCACAGGACAAGGUGUGGUCUUGGAACGCUCCAUCUACAGUGACUUUGUCUUCCUGGAGGCAAUGUACAACCAGGGCUUCAUCCGAAAGGACUGUGUGGACCACUACAAUGAAGUGAAACGGCUCACUCUCCCAGAAUACCUGCCACCCCACGUAGUUGUCUAUAUCGAUGUGCCCGUACCAGAGAUCCAGAGCCGGAUCCAGAAGAAAGGAGAUCCACAUGAAAUGAAGAUCACCUCUGCCUAUCUCCAGGACAUCGAGAAUGCCUACAAGAACACCUUCCUCCCAAAGAUGAGUGAGCAGUGUGAGGUUUUGGUGUACAGUACCUGGGAAUCUGAAGACUCAACCAAGGUGGUAGAGGACAUAGAAUACCUUAACUACAACAAAGGGCCUUGGCUUGAACAGGAUGACCGUACCUUUCACAACCUGCGGAUGCUGGUUCAGGAGAAGAUGGAUGUGCUGAAUUACACAACUAUUCCUGUCUACCUUCCAGAAAUCACGAUUGGAGCUCACCAGGGUACCCGAAUCUACAACAGCUUCAGAGAGCUGCCAGGCCGCAAGUACAGCCCUGGAUACAAUGAAGAGGUGGGUGACAAGUGGAUCUGGCUGAAGUGAAUGGUCCCCUCUGCCUAGCUGUGUCACAGCCAUGAAGAUGUCUGCUCUGCCCAACUCUGAAAUCCAGAGCUUUACAAGACAACAGGAAAAAAAGCAAUGAUCGAGGUAUUGCCUGAAGAAAUGGUCAAAAGAUCCAAUCUUUCCUGUGCCUAGUUAGUUGAUUGAAAGAUUCAACUUCCAUUGAAAAGGUUCUGGAACCUUCCAGUUUUAUUUUGCAAUCAUCUGGGAAAAACAAAACAAAGCAGGUCUGCUCUGGGGGAGCAGCUCCCACUGGACGCCCCGUGUCCCCGUGCUGUCUUUUAGUCCUCUCAACUUCAAGAAAUAAACCUGGCUCUAUAGCUCCUC